AAUGCAAUCACGUUUGAGGUAUCGCCGUUCCAAUGCUUUGUUGUACUUAACAAAUACCAAAUCAUUGAGACACUUUUGAGCUAGUCUAUUCCUUUUUUUGUGUGAAUCUGCAUUAACAAUUAAUUAUAAAAAGGACUUAAAUUCAUGAUCAUACAUAACUAAAGGAAGUCAAUGAAUGCACUUGAUUAUCAUAUACUCACAUGGUCAAAGACACUCCAAUUACGCUCGCAUCCUGAGGAACUACAAGUAAGACUAAGAACUUUGAUGGCAAAUUUUUGCAAGUCGGGAGUGUCAUGACCAAAUGAGACCCAACAGUCAGUUGCACACCAUGGAAUAUAGAUAUUGGAAAACAUUGUUAAAGUGCAACUCUUAGGACUUAAAUUAGUUAUUAGAUUAAGGUUAACAUGGUGUGAUGGUGAUACCUGGUGCCCUUGUACCUCUUUGCUUUAUUGCCAUUGGGUUACCGAAGAGUCCUUCAGCUCUCUCAUACUUCAUCAAGUUGGCACAAACAAGGUCUUGUGUAUCAUUAUUGGGAAUCAACUUUGUGAUACAUUUGUAUAGGCCUCCAAUGACUUCUGGAACUUUACAAGCCUCUGGAUCUUUGUAAAAAAAUUCAGGAUUUAAGUAAAACCAGCUGCAUGCAAAGGCCGAUGCAAUUGGACAUCCCACCUCUUGUCGAUUAUCUUAAAGACCUCAUCAUACAUCUCCCUAUUUUGAUUGAAGGAAUUUACAAUAGUUUCUUUAGCCUGAUCCAUAGCCUCAUAAAUGUAUCCCAUUGGAGGCUUGACUUCUCCAUCAACCAAUCUAAGUACCUUAACAAGUGGGGAUGUGAAUUUGAGGGCAAGGAGCACAUUCCUCCAAAAUGAGGCCAUCAACAUGACUUUUUCUACAUGUUGUCCUUGUUGCUCUUUUGCCCAUUUGCUAUUGGUCCACUUCUCUAAGUAAACAUCUUCCUUAAGUUUCCCUUUUGUUCAUAAACCCUUUGUAAAGUCAAAAAAGCGGUUGCAAACCGAGUUUUUGCCGGCUUAAUGAGCUCCUUCCUCUGGGUAAAUUGCCUCAUCAUAUUCAACAAAGAGGGUCGAUUAUAAAUAUAAUCAUGCAUCAUUAUUGCCCUUUCCCAAGUUGUCUUCAAAUUUGGUAACUUGAAAAUGUCUUCUAACAUCAAGUCCAAGCAAUGGGCAGCACACGGAGACCAAAACAAGUGAGGUCGUUUUGCCUCCAACAACCUCCCUGGUAAUUGUUAUAAAUAAGUGGUGUUAGAAGUUAGAACUAGAAUAAUAAGUUAUUUUCAAUUGUUCAUAACUUCAAGUAAGUAACACAACCAAAUAGCAAAUUAAAUUCUCACCUGCCACCACAUUUGCUGCGGCACUAUCCGUAACAAUUUGAACCACGUUUGCUUCUUCAAUAUGUUCCACCCACCCAUCAAGCAAUUCAUAUAUUAUUUCUGCAUCCUUUACAAAUCUAGACGCAUCCAUAGAUUUAAGAAACAUGGUCCCUCUCGGAGAAUUCACCAAAAGAUUCAUCAAUAUUCUAUUUCUCCUAUCAGUCCACCCAUCGCUCAUUAGCGUACACCCGUAUUGUUCUUGGUCUUUUUUGUCCUUCUCCAUCAACUUGAUAACAUGUUCCACCUCUUUUUUUAGAAGAGGAACUCGCACUUGAUGAUAAGUUGGUGGGGGCAAACCCGGACCAUAUUGCCCAAGAGCCUCUGUCAUUGGCGCAAAACUAUCAUUGUUCACAACAUUUAGAGGUAUCCCACAAUCAUAUAUCCACCUUGCAAUAGCCUGAUGAGCCCGGUCUUUCAAUAGUUUCUUAUGUGGUUCAUUCUCAUCAAUUUUUGGUUGUCUGCCCUUGGCUUUUCUAUUUUCCACCACCACCUCUAGUUUAGGAGUGUAGUAAGUGUCGAGAGGCCCUAUGGUUCUUGGUUUCUGUUAAGCUAUGGGUUUGUAUGUAAUUAGUUGUAGUUUACAUUUAAUCUCUUAUGUAAGUAGAUUAGGAGAUAAGGGUCUAAUGUGUAAUUACUAUUUACAUUUGUAUAAGUAUCACGUAAUGAGAAAAUAACCCUAUUCUUUUGGGUUCCCAAUUCUAUAUCAUCGUUUACAUGGUAUCAGAGCUAUAUGCUCCUGGCGACUUACCUUGUUGAACCAGACAUCGAUUAAACACCGAUGUGAGUGGCUGGGUUUCACGUUGAUCUCUAUUCGUCUUCCAGCCACCAGCGAUCUCUGUUAGGACUCAAAAUCAACUGGGUCUUCUCCGAUUCAGAGCACCAACGUAUACCUGGAGCUAUCUUCAGUCGUCGAUCAUCAUCGUUCAUCGUCAUCCAACGACCUUACUUGAACAAGAUCUAUUCUACGAUCUCCGACGACCAUCCUUGAAGUCGUUCGACCUCCGAUGACCACUUUCCGACGCUGUACAGCUUGCAUUUGCCUCUAACGACCUCUGUAUGCUUUCGAAAUCCACUGGAUAACCACGUACAGGUGUGUUUUUUUGGGUUUCGAACUGUCCAAGAUCCUUUUUUCCAGUUUUUUGAGACUGGGUAUGUUGAUUUCAAGCUCGUAUUGUCUGGGUCUGUUGAUUUCCAGCUUGUACAGGUUCAAAUAGGUCACGUUUGAGUUUGUUUGAGUUUGUUACGGCUCCAUUUGUUGAUUUGGGGUUUGAUUUAGGUUUGAUCAUCCUCUGUCUUUUGCAAUUAGGCUUUUUUUUUUUGUUGCUGUUCUGCUGUUAAAAUGUCAGAGGAUAAACAAAAGGCUUCCGCUAAUACAAAUGAUGAAUUGAGUCGUGUAGGGACUCUAGAUAAUUUUUCUCUGGAUAUUUGUCAUAUUAUGUUGGAUGGUACCAACUAUUUGAUUUAGUCUCGUACUUUUACCUUGGCUAUUGAGGCCAAAGGGAUGUCAGAAUUCAUUGAGGGCCCUGUUACUCCACCUGUUGAGGCGGUCGAACUCAAAAAGUUUAAAUCUCGGAAAUCGUUAGUCAUGACCUGGUUGUUUAACUCUAUGAGAGCUGAUAUUCGCUAUACUUUCCUGCUGCUUGAUUCUCCACAUCAGAUUUGGACUAUUGCAGCCCAGACCUAUUCUCAGCAAGGUAAUGAUGCACAAUGUUUUGAGUUGAGGAAGAGGCUCCGUACAUUGGAGCAAGAUCAUCGUUCUGUUGCCAUGUAUUUUGUUGACUUGAGUGGAGCUUGGGGGGAAUUUGAUUAUUAUCAGGGCUUUCAGGCUGUUUGUGCUGUGGAUGCUACUAAUUGGCUAAAAAGGAUGGAGAAAGAGCGUGUUUAUGACUUUCUUGCUGGUCUUGAUAUGGAGCUUGAUCCGAUUAGAGUGCAGGUGUUGGGUCGUGUUCCGUUUCCAUCCUUAGGAGAGGCCUAUUCUAUUGUUCAGCAGGAGGAGAGUAGAAGAGGUGCUGUGUUGCACCUUUCUAUUUCUGAUCGUUCUGCCUUGGUUGCUACUCCUCAGGGUCAUUUUGGUUCUGAUAGUGGGCCUAUCCUCCAGGGUGGUAAGUCCCAGUCUGGUACUAGCAGCGGACCUCCUGAUCGUGCGUCACUCCAAUGUGAUUAUUACCACAACAAUGGUCAUACUAGGGAUUUUUGUUGGAAGCUACAUGGCAAGCUCUUUCGUGGGCGCGGGGGUGGACGUGGUAGCCAUGGCCGUGGUCUGGUGCGUUCUCGAGCCCAGGCCCACGUUUCGGAGUCUACAGUUGGCACCUUGCUUGAUUCUGGGCUUAGUUCUGGGACUCAGGCGUCAUCUGAUCAAGUUGGUGGUUUCUCUCAGGGGGAGAUACAAACUCUCAGGCGCUUUAUGGCUCGGGCUGAUUCUCCAUCUACUAUAGCUUCUACAGCAGCUCCUACUUCAUCCUAUUUUGCUCAUACAGGAACUGGAUACGGGGAAGGUGAUUGGCAGUGGUAAAUCACACGGUGGCCUCUAUUUUUUGGAGUCUGCCCCUUGUCCACCCAUGUCAUGUGGUCUUGCUCUGCAAGCAGAUACGGGUGCAGCUCUUACGAUGUUACAUCAGUGGCACCGUAGAUUGGGUCAUCCCUCCUUUGGAAUUUUAGAGAAACUUUUUCCUAAUUUAAUAAGGCAUUGUCAUAGGAGUCAGUUUUUUUGUGAAGCUUGUGAGUUUGGGAAAUAUAAACAUUCUUCUUAUGCACCUAUUAAUAAACGGAGUGCGUCUCCUUUUACAGUUA